AUGACGGCUGCACCCAAAAGACGCCUCGCGGCGCUAUCGAAACAACUUGCGGAAGGCAUUCCUUCCGAGGGCACGUUUGAGGAGAUCCCUCGCAUCAGACAUGUCGCAGACGCCUCAGCAGGGCCGAGAGUCAAGGGGAAGGUUGUUAUCGUUACCGGAUGUAACUCUCCCAUUGGCAUUGGUCGAGCAUCGGCACACCAAUACGCCCAGAACGGCGCGAAAGCGGUCUAUAUCUGUGAUUACGAUGACAAGUAUUUGGAGACGCACAAGCGGGAGAUGGCUUCAUUAUACCCCGAGUGCGAGGUCCAUUGUGUAAAGAUGGACGUCGGGGAGGAAUCUCAGGUGAAAGCCGUGGUGGAUCAAUGCCUGGCGAAAUACGGCAGACUGGACAUCAUGUUUGCGAAUGCUGGCAUCUCGGGUGUUCCCAACACAUUCGAACAUAUCUCGAGCACAGCAUACAUGAAAACAAUGAGGGUCAACGCACUGGGUGUGUUUCUCUGUUUCAAAUACGCUGCCAUUGCGAUGCAAAAGACCAGUCCCGAGAAGAAAUACCCAGGAGGGAGCAUCAUCGGCACGGCAUCGGUGGCUGGUAUCCGAUCGAAUGCUGGAGGGACGGACUACUCGGCCAGCAAAGCUGCUGUGGUAUCGAUGGCACAGACCAUGUCCUAUCAAUUAAGCGGGACAGGCAUCAGAGUCAAUGCCAUCUGCCCAGGUGUGAUCGAGACUGGCAUGACCAAGCCCAUGUAUGAUGCAGCACGAAACCGAGGCACCGAGAAGAAGAUCGGCCAGUUGAAUCCGUUGCAGAGAGGCGCAGUGGCCGACGAGGUUGCCAGAGUCGCCUUGUUUUUGGGAAGCGACGAGGCUAGCUACGUUAAUGGCCAGGCGUGGGCUGUAUGUGGUGGGCUGAGUGCUGGACAUCCCUUUGUCCCAGGAAAACUAGGUUGA